GUAAAAAUGACAACACCAACAUUUUAUUAUCAAGCCUAAUGUCAAAAGGAGAACAUUACGUCAUAGAAGUAGAUGGAGUCAGACAGAAAGGCAGCAUUGGAAGUUUAUCUAAUGGCAGCAACACCAGAGUCAUUUCUGUAAAAAGCUUUAAUCCAUCACCAGCGCAGCAUGCCGCUCCCAUCCGCCUGGAGCCCCACCCCGAUUCCUCAUCACCACUGGGCUCAGAUGAACUAUCGAAAAACGAUCCCAGCCUCAAAGGCAAGAGAAAACGAAAAGGGUACGAGUACGUGCCCGUGUCCGAUGAAGAGCCCGGCUAUUUCUCCACAAAACUAUCAGCCCAAAAACAGUUCUUUGAAUGCAACUGCGGUCAGCUUGAUAGUGAAGCUGAGACCGUGAAGCGCGGGUUGCACACCGUCAAGUGCAAUUUAUGCGGCAUGUCACAGCAUGCUGAGUGCAUGAACUAUGAUCUCAAAGACCCUUACAGAGGAGAGUAUUUAUGUCCACACUGCCAUGCUCUGCAUGUAAGUUCUUGCUCUUAUGUCUUUAUGUUUAUUUAAUAACAUAAUUGAGUCGGCAUACACAUUUUUAGAUUAUCUGUGAAUAAAUAUUAAUUAUUUAUUUCUUUUCUUUGGAAAAUAUAAUUUUUUAAACAAAAUUGAAAAUACUUUUUGGGGUGUAUGGUUAUACCAUCAGCUUUGUAUUGUAAGUGUAAAAUAAUAAUUAGAAAAAAAUUAAAUUUUUCUUUAACAUGGUAUUGAUUUCAGUUUGUAUAAAUCCGCACAGUAUUACUACUAUUAGAGAACAUUUAAAUGAUUUUAAGAAAGAAAUAAAAAAGUUGGUUAAAUGUUUUUUUUCAAGUUGCAGAAUGUUAUUAUUAAGCACGUCAUGUGACAUCAUCUCUUAAAGUAUUGUUGAAUCAUAAAUGAAUAACUUGACAGAGCACACAUCUCACCCACCAGUGUAAGUCACUGGCGGCAGUUUAUAUGACGGUAACAAUUUUUUUACACUCUUGAGUGUGUGUGUGUGUCUCGAGACACCUUAACAAUCCAAAUUCUUCUCUCAUGUCAAGAGGACUGCUGACUUCUCUGACUGAUAGGCAUUUGCAGACCAGGGUGACUGCCAUCUUAUGACUUCUCUGACUGAGAGGUAUUUUCAGGGUUUUCCUCCACUCUCAGCACAGCCGCCUUGGUUGAUUGAUAAGCCCAUUCCACCAAGCUAUUUGCCUAAUGCUUGGGAUGACUCCAGAGCUAUUUGCCUAAUGCUGGAAAUGAAUCCAGGGCUAUUUGCCUAAUGCUGGGAAUGACUCCAGAGCUAUCUGCCUAAUGCUGGGAAUGAGUCCAGAGCUAUCUGCCUAAUGCUGGGAAUGACUCCAGACUAUUUGCCUAUUGCUGGGAAUGACUCCAGAGCUAUUUGCCUAAUGCUUGGGAUGACUCCAGAGCUAUUUGCCUAAUGCUUGGUAUGACUCCAGAGCUAUCUGCCUAAUGCUGGGAAUGACUCCAGAGCUAUUUGUCUAAUGCUGAGAAUGACUCCAGAGCUAUUUUCCUAAUGCUUGGUAUGACUCCAGAGCUAUUUGCCUAAUGUUUGGAAUGACUCCAGAGCUAUUUGCCUAAUGCUUGGUAUGACUUCAGAGCUAUCUGCCUAAUGCUGGGAAUGACUCCAGAGCUAUUUGCCUAAUGCUUGGGAAUGACUCCAGAGCUAUUUGCCUAAUGCUUGGGAUGACUCCAGAGCUAUUUGGCUAAUGCUGGGAAUGACUCCAGAGCUAUUGAAGUUAAAGGUUAUAUGGCAAUACAGUCAACCAUUGUGCCCAUUACUCAACCUUUUGCCUUGUGAUUUUUUUAAAAACAUGAUAAAACAAUUUUGAACACCAAUAACUCAGCUGCACUCCCAUGAUUUCUCUAAAUGACAAUGUGUUUCAGACCACAAUAAAAUCAGGGGCAACUCUGAUAAUCUCCCCCUAUUCCAUAUGCCACCAGUGGCUUGAAGAAAUCAAUAAACACAUCAAAGAACGCAGCAUCAAAGUAUACGUAAGUCAUUGAAAGUGGUUUUUUGGCUUAUUCUUUGCAACUCAGUGGGUGUAGAAAUUUGUCGCUUAUAUUGUAAUACCUGUUGUUUUUAGGAGAUAUAUUUACUUAUGAAGUCAAAAGAUUGCUUAAAUUCACUGGGGCCUAUAAAUUUAAACAUAUUAUUUGCUGAUCAACUAUCCUGACUGCGAUAAACACAACUCUCAUUUAUGAAAAAUUCCUAUUUUGUUUCAGUUUGUUAACAAUUUCACCUUUAAAUUGCUGAUAACAAUUUCACCUUUAAAUUGCUGAUUCAAAAGCAGCUUUGCUGUCAGGAUUUUUAGCUGCAGUUUUUAUGACAAUAAGAUUUUGAGUAUUUUGAAUCUCUCAUCUUAACUUUCAGAAGGCUCUAAAUGCCUUUAUUUUAAAUAGAAAAUGUAGAACAACCUUCAAAAGGCUAGAUAAGUUGUAACACAAAAUUCACUUUCCUGAAAAAUGAGUUUGGUUGGACUUAGUACAUUUUGCAAGCGGGCUCCUCAUGUAUUGUGCCUUCUGUCUUCAUGUGCUGUCUCUUCAUGUAUUGUGUCUUAAUGUAUUGAGUCUUAAAGUUUGUCUUAAAAUUAAAUAUUUGUUUUUACUGUAACUCUCUUAACGUUAAAGUCAGCUUGUUCAAAUUGUAGAGACCGAGGUAAUAGAGCCUCAAGGGUACAAGAUUAAAAGUUAUGAAAAAUUUUGACAAUAAUUCAUUUUCAUUAAGUCAAUGUUAUUUUAACAAAAAAAUUAAAGAGGAUAUGGGGAUAAUAUGGGGAUAUGGGUUAGCUGUCAAUCUUGAAGAAAAAAAAGAAGCCAUAUAGGCUAAUGCAUACUGUUGUUUUUAAGGGGGUGUUGGGUACUUAAUAUUGUAAAAAAAAUGACCAUUUAUUUCAUUUUCUACAAUUAUUAACCAGAUCUACACAGGUGUGGCCAGAUUGGGUUACAUCCAGCCUCAGACCCUGGCACAGCAAGAUAUAGUGAUCACGACCUAUGAUGUCCUGAGGAAAGAGUUGGACUACGUUAACCUCCCUCACACAAACAGUGAGUUUUCGUAGAGCUGUUGUACCAUUUAGCAAACUUUCCAGACAAACCUAUUAGCCGCUUCAGCUUUAUCGCAGUCAAACCUUCUUGACAAACCUUUUAUCUGCUUCAGCUUUAUCGCAGUCAAACCAUUUGUCUAAAAGCAGACGCUGUUAUUUUUUGUUGUCUGCUCUUACAUUAAUAAAACAUGCUAUUUGUUUUUUCAAAUAGGUGAGUCUGGGAGAAGAUUUCGACACCCUAAACGCUUCCUUGCUACGCCGUCGCCCAUGGUUGCGGUUGAGUGGUGGAGGGUGAGGAAAAUAUUUGCAUUAACUUAAAUUUUUAAUAUCACUUUUGCUAAACAACCCGUACAUAAUAUCUUAUUGUGUGGUCUUAAGGUAAGGUUUUAACAGUUGACUUUCUUAACACUACAUUAUCUCUAAAAAUGUUGCCUAUUCCUUGUUCAGGCUACAACCCCUAUGGUAAGGUAGCUCCACAAAAAGGCUUCAAUCCCCAUGGUUAGGUAGCUCUUCAAAAAAGGCUACAACCCCUAUGGUAAGGUAGCUUCACAAAAAAGGCUUCAACCCCUGUGGUAAGGUAGCUCCACAACAACCCCUGUGGAUAGAUGUGCAACCAUGGUGCUUGGGUCUGUAGUAAUUAUUGGCCAACAAUUAUUAUAUCCAAUCGUGCUAGAUACUCAGACCUGUUUACCCUCAAACUCUUAAAAUCGUACAAUAUCACAAAAUUGUUCAAUAAAUUAUCAUAAUAGUAACAAAAAUAAACAUACAGAAUGUAUAAUGUAUACACCUUAAAAUCGUAAGAGUAAACAGGUCUGGAUACUGCUAAAAUUUUUUUUUGCUGUGAUUAACUGUGAAUAAUUUCUUUUUAAAAAAAAUAUUUAUUUUCAAACACUAGAGUUAAUCUAUCCACAUUUCAUGCAUCAGAGCGUUGCGUUAAAAUUGUAUAUUUCCUGUGAAAAUGAGAGUUCAUGCUAUCUGCCGACAUGGGAAAUAUUCCUUUGAACUCUUCUCAUUGAUCAAGGCAAACACCCUUUAAGCUUGUUCACUCAGCUUGCUGGGCCGAUACGGAACCUUUUGAAACAAUAUCAGUUUCAGCUUUUCACCAACAUUGGAUCCUCAUUGUAGUGUCAACAGCCCCCCUCUUCCCCUUCUCAUGCCCUGCUGCACCCCUGAUGGAAACAAAAUGCACCAGUGGCUCUGUUGACUGUCAUUAUUAUUGAUAAGUUCUGAUCUUUUAAGAAAUACAUAUUUUUUUUUGGUGGCCGCAAAUGUUUCUUAAAUGAUAACUCUUUUUGUUUCUCAAAUUAUAACUUUUUUUGUUUCUCAAACGAUAACUUUUUUUGUUUCUCAAACGAUAACUUUUUUUGUUUCUCAAAUUAUUACUUUUUUUUUUCUUAAAUGAUAACUUUUUUUGUUUCUCAAAUUAUAACUUAUUUUGUUUCUCAAAUUAUAACUUUUUUUGUUUCUCAAACGAUAACUUUUUUUGUUUCUCAAAUUAUAACUUUUUUUGUUUCUCAAACGAUAACUUUUUUUGUUUCUCAAAUUAUAACUUUUUUUGUUUCUCAAACGAUAACUUUUUUUGUUUCUCAAAUUAUAACUUUUUUUGUUUCUCAAACGAUAACUUUUUUUGUUUCUCAAAUUAUAACUUUUUUUGUUUCUCAAACGAUAACUUUUUUUGUUUCUCAAACUAUAACUUUUUUUGUUUCUCAAACGAUAACUUUUUUUUGUUUUUUGAACGAUACAUUUUUUUGGAUUAUUAAACAAUAACUUUUUUGGAUUCUGAAAUGAUAAAUUUUUAUUUUUAUUAAAUGAUAACCCGUCGUUUCUGUCUGCAGAUUUGCUUAGAUGAAGCGCAGAUGGUGGAAUGUGUUUCAACAAAGGUGUGUGUGUGUGUCUUGAAAUAAUUUAAAUUCAAGAAACAAUGACUGCAUAUUUUAAUGUAUUCCUUCUAACUUUUAUUUGUACCAGUAAAUAAAGGAUUCGUUACUUUUUGAUCUUCUUUUUGGCGUUGUGCAUUUUCAAUGUUUAACGUCUAACAAAUUGAAAAAAUUAAAAAAAAUUUAUAAGCAACAAUUAUCUUUAAUUAUUUAAACAGAAUAAAAGUCUUGUCAAAGUAUACGUAAAUUGGUUGUAUAAUUCAUUUUUUUAAAAUUCACCGAGCAGUUGUCGUUUAAAAAUAAGGAAGUGGCUUUUCGUACCCGGGUACCAGAAAUGAGAGGUUGGGAUUAAAAAACUAUUUAAAAUUUUAUUGUUGGGUUGGUAAGACAAAAUGAGGUAUCAAAUGAAAGAUAAUUGAAUGGACUAUAUGUUUGUAAACUUACUUUUUCAGUUUAACUAAAAUAAACUACCACAACUAUCAUCCGAAUAGCUUGAGACUAAUGGUACCCGGGUGCGAAUGGCGGUGCUGCUUGGUCUGGGUGUGAAUAGUUGCAGCCUAAAAAUAAAUGAAACCUAAUUAUUUUUCUUUUUUUAAAAUGACAAAUUUAGACUGCUGAGAUGGCAUUGAAACUGAAAGCUGUAAAUAGAUGGUGUGUGACUGGUACACCACUGAUGCGCAGCGUGGAAGGUAAUUGUUAUGUCAAAUAAAGUAAUUGAUUAUCCUCUUAUUUGUGGACAUCUCGAAGCAUCCGAUGGACGUAAUGAAUCAAUCUGAUGGAUGUAAUGAAACGAUCUGAAGGACAUAAUGAAUCAAUCUGAUGGAUGUAAUGAAACAAUCUGAUGGUUGUAAUGAAUCAAUCUGAUGGACGUAAUGAAACAAUCUGAUGAUUGUAAUGAAUCAAUCUGAUGGACGUAAUGAAACAAUCUGAUGGUUGUAAUGAAACAAUCUGAUGGAUGUAAUGAAACAAUCUGAUGGUUGUAAUGAAUCAAUCUGAUGGAUGUAAUGAAACAAUCUGAAGGACGUAAUGAAUCAAUCUGAUGGAUGUAAUGAAUCAAUCUGAUGGAUGUAAUGAAUCAAUCUGAUGGAUGUAAUGAAUCAAUCUGAUGGAUGUAAUGUGAUUAAAUGUUCAUUUAAGUGAAAAACAUUAAAAGCCCAUUGUCAACAUUUUAGUGAUAACUUCUUGUAGACAUAUUUGGACUGUUGCUGUUUCUUGUAGACAUAUUUGGACUGUUGCUGUUUCUCGGUGUUGAUCCAUUCAUGGUACAACAGUGGUUCCGUCUGCUCCUGUGGGAGCCGUUUUGCCACGGUUUCCCAGAGCCCAUGCACCAGGCGCUCUCUCAGGUCUUGUGGAGGACUGCCAAGAAGGAUGUCAUAGACCAGGUGAGUCGAUAAAAACAGGUAGUAGACUGCAGAGUACUUACCGAUGGUCUGCCAAGCCUUUCGACAAUAACUUGUUCAUUGCAAAUAUUUACAUUAUCCUAAACCUCUGAGUAGUACAGCCUUCUCUGAAUGGUGAAAUACAACAAAGAAAAAAUAAUUGGUAUGCAUUUGCACCUCAACCAUUGUAGAAUAACACUUCAACCUUUGUUGAAAAGCGCCUGAAAACUUUGUUGAAAAGCACCUCAACCUUUGUUGAAAAGCACCUAAAAACUUUGUUGAAAAGCACCCAAUGUUUUUUGAAAAGCCCCUCAAACUUUGUUGAAAAGCACCUCAACGUUUGUUGAAAAGCACCUCAACCUUUGUUGAAAAGCCCCUCAACCUUUGCUGAAAGCACCUCAACUAAAAACCUCUGAUUUACCUAGUGACCAAAAGAAAGUAUUAGUUGUUUCCAAUUUAAUGUUGUUCUUUGUCUUUAUAGAUUCUACUGCUAUGCCAAAAGUCUCUGUUUCUAUCACCAGAUUAACCUACCAUGUCAGACAGAAGAAAUCCAUUGGUUGACAUUCUCCCCUAUGGAGGAGCAUUUCUACAGAAGACAGUAUGAGAUAUAUUUACGUAAUGCAUAUUCAGUGAGUAUGUGUUGUCACAUAGUCCUUGUUGCUUAACCCUUCCCUGUGGUUCAGUUACUUUGCAUUUCAUAGGAGUUAAACCUUAGUACGUUGCUAAUGCUCCUUUGGCUAAUCCAAAACAUAAAAACUGCUCCAUGACAAUUUGUGUCAGCCAGGUGUAGAGCUGCAAUGUUAUGUUCUGGGUCCAUAAAGCCCCUGCGCCGUCUCAGUCCUCAUCAGUGAUGCUAGUACAUGAGUGCCUUAAGUGUUUAUGUUAAGAUUUGAUACACAUUAACGUUGUACUAGUCUGGUCAACUGGUGAAAUCUGGAUUAGUGUGUUUUUUUCAACUUAGCAUGGACGAUCGAUAAUUGAUUUGUGUUGUAAAUAGUUGUAGUCUUGCAAUUAAGGCUAUCAUUAAACAAUAGUCACAGUUUUAUUUCUAAAUUUAAAAAAAAAAUUUUGAUCAUUUAUUUUCAAUUUAAUUCAUUUAAUUAAAAAAAAAAAAAUGUGUUUUUGUUUUUGGAGGGGGUAGUAAAGUGUCUUCUGAAAUCCUCUGCACAUCCCUGACCAUCCUCUAAACAUCCCUGACAAACCUCUACACAUCCCUGACCAUCCUCUAAACAUUCCUGACCAUUCUUUAACAUCCCUGACCAUCCUCUACACAUCCCUGACCAUCCCAUACACAUCCCUGACAAUCCUCCAAACAUCCCUGCCAAUCCUCUACACAUCCCUGCAUACAUUUAUUUCCAUUAUUCCAAUUGCAAAGUAUUCCUAAGUUGUUCCUUCUGAAACCAUUCAUGGGGAUAUUUUGGUUUGCUCACUCCCCAAGCAAUGUCAGAAAGACAACAACAUUAGUCUAACAUCCCUGCUUCUUUCUUUUUCUUAAAUAUCCCCCCCCCCCCAACCACCACACAUGCACACACACAUUAUACUGUAUUUUGUCUCCUCUAUUUCAAACAGUAUCGACUUCACUGCUUCUUUCUUUUUCUUAAAUAUCCCCCCCCCCCAACCACCACACAUGCACACACACAUUAUACUGUAUUUUGUCUCCUCUAUUUCAAACAGUUUCGACACAGAGCUCCACACAUCCAGGACCCCAAUACAAAGCUCCACGCCUUAGACAGAAAAACUAUGAGUGAAGUAAGUGUGACCCAACCACUUUAAAGUUAAUGAACAAGAACUUUUGGCCAGCACAACGGCAGGGCAGGGAUACACUUAGCCUGAUCCCGAUUUCUAUGUUAGAAUUACAGGUGCUUCCCUGUUUGUUUUGAGUUAGAUUGCUGGGGAUAAAUGUAUACGUGUUUCUCAUAAGCCGUUUGGGCUCUUUUUAUAACCAUUAAUGGUAGAUGUGUCAAUAAAAAGUAAACAUGAAACAGAAUUUCACAACAAAUGUAAUAUCAAAGAACUUGGACUUGUAAAAAAAAAUGUUUAGAUGCUUAUAUAGGAGCAUAAAGAUGGGAAUAAAAUUAAUUGGGAAAAGCUCUAUGAAAAUAAAAAACAAAUAUUUAUAUUCUUUAUAAGUAGUUUAUAUUCUUGGCAAAAUUUAAGCAAAAAAAAUUAUAAUUUAAAUAAACUAAUUUCUUAGAUUGAAAGUUGUGUGCUUAUUAAUUAAUCUUACACUGUGAAAUUUUGUACUCUGAGACCUAUGUUAAUAAUGGUUAUUGGUUAGUUAUUUUGUAAUCGUCACUUGUGCUUAAACACAUUGAUAUCAUUUUAAAUUGAGCAACUGCAGUCAUCAUUUAACUGUCCAACAGCUCCUGAGUCCACUCUUUAGGCUGCGUCAAGCCUGCUGCCAUCCUCAGAUUGUCAGGGGGGAGUUCGUGCCGCUUAACAAAUCGUAA